AAUGCUCGGCGAUGAGUACGGUAGUCUUGUCGUGGUGGCUACGGUCGCCACUUUGGUUAUUGUCGCAGCGUCGUGGAUUCUCAGACACUCCCCAAUAAUCAUCAAUGCAGUAUUCGCCGUCGUCAUUUCCAUUGCAAUUUUCGCGUUUUCAAGUCUCGUAAAUCGAUCGAUUCCGGAGACUUUUGAGCUAUUAUUCCGGAUGGUAAUUGGUCCACAAGACUCUUGGAAUAGAGUGUAUAUGGUGGCAUUUUGGCUGGCAAAUGUCGCGAUUUCAGUGAUUUUUUGUGCCUACGUUUCAUCGAUUGGAAGAAGUAGUACUGUGCAUAGAAAAUUCUUCCAUCUAACCGUCUCCCUCAUCUACAUCUCUGGAAUUCUCCUGGAUCCUCUAUUCUCGUGGCUCUGCGCAUGGCUCUGGUUGUGCAUUUUCACGCUCGUCGAGUUGCUCCGCUAUUUGAAUGUCCCACCAUGGGGUGGUGUGCUCAAUGAGCAUUUGUUGAUUUUUAAAGAUGCUCAGGACUCGGAGCUACUGCUCACUCCGAUCUAUCUCUUGGUUGGGAUCUUUCUUCCAUUGAUGGUGUCCUGCUGGGAUGUUGGAAGCUUUCAGCCGACACUUGCGAUUUUUGCUGGGGUAGCUGCAGUAGGGGUUGGGGAUUCGAUGGCGGCGAUUGUUGGCUCGAAAUUUGGAGUUACCAAGUGGAAGGGAAGUAAAAAAUCGCUGGAAGGAUCCAUCGCAAUGCUCUUCUCAAUGCUGGUAUUCCUUCUAACCACAAAUCUUUUCAUCAAAGAUUCAUCUUCAACAAUUUCAAUCAUCAUCGCAUCUCUUGUAGCCACAUUGGCUGAAGCUUUCAUAAAUUCAAUGGAUAAUUUUAUACUUCCACUCGUCACCUAUCUUAUUCUAUGACUAACCGCUAGAUAUCACAUUUUCUAAUUAAUUGUUUAAUAUAUUACCUAUAUGCGAAAUUUUGGGAUUUUGGCGCCGAAAGAACGGUACCGGGUCUCGACACGAAACAAAAUAUUUCAUUGAAUGCGGUGCGCCUUUAAAUGAGUACUCAUUUCGGCUUGAUCUACGUAGAUCUACAAAAAAUGCGGCAGAGUUCUCAACUGAUUUCGCAUGGUUAAGAACGUGUUGACGUCACAUUUUUAAGGGCAAAAAAUUCCCGCAUUUUUUUGUAGAUCAAACCGUGUUGGGACAGCCUGGCACCACGUGAUGAGCACUGUAAUUUCAAAUUUCCGUUGCUGUCGAUUUUUAUCGAUUUUUAUUUUUAUGAUGAAAAAUCCAUGAAAAUUCCGAGUUUUUAGCGCAAAAUCGCAGUACCACUUUCGGGUUCAUAUGCUUGUAAUUCAUUCCGAACAUGUAGAUUUUUUUCACUUUUCUCCCCGUUUCUCUGUACUUGUAUUUCAAAAUAUUAUAAUAAUAAUCUAUUUAUUCAUAAAUAUAAUAAUCACA